GUUUAAAUACCAAGAUGUACCUAAAAGCUGUAGUUUAAAACCACCGGUGCAAAUCGCGAGGAAAAAGGCGAUAGGAUGGAGAGAUCAACUUCACCGACAACAUAGGCAAUUUCAACACCUCCGAUGACGAAAGCAAUGCAUCCGGGAGGAAAUUUAGUGGAGAAAUACGUCUCAGAGAGCAGGAAGGUCUGCUAUCCUGCAGGUGAUCUAUGAAGUGCUGGAAAAGGGUCGUAACACAUCCAGAUGCAUGAAGUUGGUGUAAUCAGCCGAAGUGAAUGAUACAAACAGAGUUUGUUAUCAAAGUCAUCCAAGACGAUCAUGGGAGAUAUGGAGGAAGGUGCAAAUGUUCAACGACCACCUCUGUUGAGAGGACCAAACUAUAACUUUUGGAAAGGACGUAUGAGAGCGUUCUUGAAAUCACAAGGCGGCAGAGUAUGGAGAAUCAUAGAAACUGGGUGGACAGAGCCAACAGAAACAAAUGUAGAAGGUGUGAAAGUGAUCAAAACUUUCGAAAAAUACUCAAAGGAAGAAGCCCAAGCUGCUGAAUGCAACGACAGAGCACUAAAUGCAUUAUUUGGGGCUGUUGAUAGUUCACAAUAUAGGCUCAUCUCAGACUGCACUGGGGCCAAGAAAGCCUGGGAAAUUCUCGAAACUACACAUGAAGGGGACGAGAGAGUCAAGACAGCAAAAAUCCAGAUUCUUAUGACUAAAUAUGAAAGCCUGCGUAUGGAUGAUAAAGAAAGGAUAGCUGAUUUUCAUGGAAGAGUAAGGGAGCUGGCAAAUGAAGCUGAAAAUCUGAAGCGUCCAUUCACCGAAGACAGUUUAGUUUUGAAAGUGUUGAGAGCUCUACCGGAAUCCUAUGCAAUGGAUGCCAAAGCAAUUCGUCAGGCACAUGAUAUCAAGAAUAUGACUUUAGAUCAACUUAUGGGGAAUCUAGAGACUAUUGAACUGCAAAUGAAUGAAGAGAUCAAACGGAAAAAGAAUGAAAAGUCAAUUGCUUUUCACAGCCUGGCUGACGAAGAGGAUAAUGAGGAUGAUACUGCACAGGAUGAAGAUUUUCAAGAGCAACUGCAAGCUUUCAUGUCAACAUGGAGUGAUGAUGAGGAAGAAACUGAAGAUGUUAUGGGGAAUAUCAAUUGUGCGUUUGUCACCCAGUAUGAAGAAGAAAAUGUUGAGGAUGCAGCUCAACAACUCUCAGUACUCCAAGAGAAGUGGACAGAGCUUCUUCGUAUUCAUAGAAAGAACAUUUUAGAAAAGAAUCAACUGGGAGCAGAAGUUGAUGAUCUUCGAAAGAAACUAGAUGAAGUCAAGCAGCAGCUGAACCAAACUGAAGGAGAGAAGUCUGAUCUGAAAUAUGAACUCACUCAACUUAAAAGCUAUCAAAAGUGGAUGAAGAGUGCAGGAGCUGAAAAGAUCGAGAAGAUGGUGAGCACGUCAAAAUUCUAUGGGGACAGAUCUGGAAUUGGGCACAUAGCAUCUGAAGGUAGUAAGACUCCACUGGACCUGUUCACAAACGAAUCAAGGGACUUCACCAAAGAACCAGAUACAAAGGAGUUUCCUGAACACAACUCAAGCAAGGGCAAGGAGAAAGUGAUUCAGCAUUCGGACUAUCAUGUAAGGAAAACUUAUUCUCUAAAUCCUUAUUUCAAUUAUACUUGCUUCUACUGCAGGAAAAAGGGACACAUUAAACGUCAAUGUUACAAACUGAAACACUUAAAGAGAAGAAGAGUUGGUGCAACACGACAUGUCAAGACCAAAAUGAAAUGGAGAGCAGGAAGGUCUGCUAUCCAGCAGAUGAUCUAUGAAGUGCUGGAGUGAAUGAUACAAACAGAGUUUGUUAUCAAAGUCAUCCGUAAGUUGGUUAAGUCAAUACAAUAGAUUGAGUCUCUUCUUAUUGAAGGUGUAAUCAUUACGGUGAUUUAGUGGAAGGGCUGUUACACGGAUGUGGGCCCCGCAGAGUAGGAAAAGUUUCCGAACUGCGUAAACAAUUUCUCUGUGUUGCAUCUUUACUUUAUUUUUCACCUUACUUUGUUUUGUGUUAGAGAGAGUGCUAUAGCAUCGUGUGUGUGUGUCCUGAGUUCUGAUUAUUAUAAAUCUGCUAUAAUAACUGUGGGUUUACUGA